AUGGCCGGAAUCGUGGUGGUUUUCGACUUCGAUAAGACCAUCAUCGACCUUGACAGUGACAACUGGGUGGUCGACGAGUUGGGCGCCACCGAUUUGUUCAAUCAGCUCCUCCCCACCGUGCCUUGGAACGCCCUCAUGGAUGAUGAAGAAGCUUCAUUCGCAGGGAAAAGCAUUGAAGACGUAGCGGAGGUGCUGAAACGGGCUCCAAUUCAUCCCCGGGUUGUGCCCGCCAUUAAAGCAGCCCACGCUAUGGGGUGCGAUCUAAGGAUAGUGAGCGACGCGAAUCGGUUCUUCAUUGAGACGAUUGUGGAGCAUAUCGGCAUUAAGGAUUGCUUCUCCGAGAUCAACACGAACCCGACCCGCGUGGAUGAAGAAGGCAGGCUCAGGAUUUUCCCUUACAUCGAUUUCCAUUCUUCUCCCCAUGGUUGCGAUCUCUGCCCUCCCAACAUGUGCAAGUAUCAUUCUAGUCAUAUGUUGUCUGGUGAACAGGGUCUAAUAUUGGAGAGAAUACAAGCUUCUGUAUCUGCAGAGGGCAAGAAGAAAUUCAUCUAUCUUGGAGAUGGAAGUGGGGACUUCUGCCCAAGCCUGAAGCUAGGAGAAGGCGACUACGUCAUGCCAAGGAAGAACUACCCUCUCUGGGAUUUGAUUUGCAAAAAUCGCGAUCAUGUCAAGGCAGAAAUUCACGAAUGGAGCGACGGGGAAGAGCUGGAGCGCGUCCUCCUCCGCGUCACUAGCAUGGCUUCCAUGGAGGAGAGCAGCAGCGAGUUGUUCUCUGUUGACUGCAAGUUUGAGAAAGUUAAUGGCUGCCCAUGA